AUGAUCGAGAAAUGGGCCAAAAUGCGAUUCUUAAGCACCAAAAAUACACGGGGGCUAUAUUCUGCGUGGGAUGUUUUAUAUGAAACCAAAAUCCCCGAUGGUAAUGUUGCGAUUUACUUUAAAAACUUGUUGGAAAGGUCAGCAUUAGCUGGUGCGCUACCUGAGGAAGGAUCUAUAACGCAGAUACUGAUAAAGCACUUACUACAGCAGAACAGCAAUAAUCCAACAAAAUUAGCUUAUAGGGGGCAAAUUAAGGAGUUGGUUCGGCAAAUUGAUAAAAAUAUUAUUACCGAAAAUGACAUCAAAUAUGCUCUGGAAAUAGCUUCCAGAAAGAGAGUUGUAAACGUUUCGAAACCCCUUAUCAAAGAAUCGACAGUACAGAAAGCAAAUAUAGAAGGAUCCAAGCCACAGUUGACCAUAAAUCCUCAAAGACAAAAUACACUUGAUACAAAAAAUAUAGCACACAUUGCCCGUGUGGGCAAGAAUAAUGAUGAGCUGAGCUUCGAACGAAAUAAAAAUGUUGAGGAUUUGAGUAAAAAUAUGAGUGAGAUGCGCGUUACGGAUCAAGGUAGUUCAUUGGACUUGAAUUCUUUGCAGCUUUUUCUGCAAGACGCCCGAAGGCUGGAUUUGGAUCGCCAAGAGUUGAUGCGCGAAACGAAACAGUUGUACGCUUGGAAGUCAGAGACAAAACCGCUCUCUUUGUCUGGUGGGAACAUUUUCAGCUUUCUGAGCGGACCACAGCCCGCGUUUUUUGGGAGGACGAUGAACUUGAUGAAUUCUCAGGAACUAUCAAGUCAAGAUCCGGUUGUCAACAUUUCAAACUCGUCAGACGUCCUUUUAUACAAUCUGAGAGAUGAUUCGAGUUCUGUGGCGCCGUGGAAGAAGCAGAAAAGAUUAAUUCAUGUUAAUACUCGGGAUUUCUUCGGUAUCAUCAAUGCGUCCGGAAGAUCGCCGGAGCUGAUGUUAGAGUUGGUAACCAGUCUCGAAAAACAAGGUUGGGAUCUGGUGGGCGAUGCAGGUUUCGACGGGACUGUAAUUGUUUUCAAGAGGGAAGGUUCUGCUCAAUCUUCAUUUCUCAAAAGAAAAAUAUUAGGUUGGUUGAUCUUUGCUCUAUCUUCAGCCAUAUUGUCAUUCAAGUUACUCGAGAAUUACGAGACGAAAGAGUUAAAAGAAACUUCUUCAGAUGAUAGAAAUACUCAUUAA